CGGGAAAUGCUUUGAAUACUUGCGACAUGGCCGCUCACGUUGAUCUGCAGCACUGACAGCGCCGUGGCCGUCGCGAGCCGGAGGGACGAACAAGCGGAAGGCGCGCGGACGCACGCGGACACGCGGCAGCGCAGCGAUCGCACAGCUGCUCGCACUUUGCUCAGUGAAAACUCCGCGCAGGAGCCGGACUCCCUCCUCCAUGGCCCCUGGAAGCAGCAGCAGCAGCAGCAGCACCGCCACCAGCAGCUCCUAGCUCUCUAACACUCGUCGUAAAACAGUCAUCUUUAUUAUUUUGUAGAUAUUAAUCAGUCGGGAUUCCUCGCGGAUCGGCGCUCCUCCGCAGCCCUCUCUGUCCUGCUCCGUCCAGGUCAUUUUCAUGAAUUCAAAAUCAACUCACCAGUGAUCAAAAGGGUGUCGGGGCCGAAAUCUUUCGUUUUUUCAGAGCAAUGUCUUCCAAACAAGCCACCUCUCCGCUCACCCCCACCACCGAUGGAGAGGAGGCCAUGAGCCAAGAGCGCUUGCCCUGGGAGAAGGAAGAGAGCGUGGACCCCCACGGUGGACCCCAGCUGCCCCUGCAUGGCCUUCUGCAGGGCAAAGCCCACCCUGAUGAGCUGUCCGCCAUCAACUGCAUCCCACCCGAGUCCCACUGGGACGGCAUGGUGUCGGCCCAGCAGCGCAUGGAAUCUGACAGCAAUAAGGUGUGUUCCCUCUACUCGUUCCGGAAUAACUCUACCUCACCGCACAAGCCCGAGGAGGGGGCCCGAGAGCGAGCGGAACUGCUGGGGGGGUGCACCUUCGGCACGCCCGAGCGCCGCAAGGGAAGCCUGGCCGAUGUGGUGGACUCGCUGAAGCAGAAGAAGCUUGAAGAGAUGACAAAGACAGAGCAGGACGAAUCCUCCUGCAUGGAAAAACUGCUCUCGAAAGACUGGAAGGAAAAAAUGGAGAGAUUCAACACGACUGAUCUUCUCGGGGAUGUCAAAGGCACCCCCGAGAGCCUCGCGGAGAAGGAGCGCCAGCUCUCCACCAUGAUCACCCAGCUGAUCGGCCUGCGCGAGCAGCUCCUGGCCGCCCAUGAUGAGCAGAAGAGGAUGGCCGCCUCGCAGAUGGACAAGCAGAGGCAGCAGAUGGAGCUGGCCAGGCAGCAGCAGGAGCAGAUCGCCAGACAACAGCAGCAGCUCCUGCAGCAGCAGCACAAAAUCAACCUCCUACAGCAGCAGAUUCAGCAGGUCCAGGGUCACAUGCCUCCCCUCAUGAUCCCUGUCUUUCCACACGACCAGCGCACUCUGGCAGCGGCUGCUGCAGCCCAGCAAGGCUUCCUCUUCCCCCCUGGAAUCACCUACAAGCCAGGUGACAACUACCCCGUGCAGUUCAUUCCGUCGACGAUGGCAGCCGCUGCCGCCUCUGGACUCAACCCGCUCCAGCUCCAGCAACUUUAUGCCGCCCAGCUGGCCAGCAUGCAGGUCUCCCCCGGUGCCAAGAUGCCCUCUCUCCCACAGCCACCCAACUCAUCCGGGCCCAUCUCGCCCACUGGCCUUAAGAGCGAGAAGAGAUCCUCCAGUCCUGUCAGUCAGGUUAAGGAUGAGGGAACGCAGCCUCUCAAUCUCUCCUCACGGCCCAAGACAGCAGAGUCGGUCAAGUCACCCACGUCCCCCCCACACAGCCUGUUCCCCGGCAGCAAAGGCAGCCCCAGCAGCCUGUCCUCGAAGAGCGCCAUCCCGAGCCCCAUUGGAGGCAGUCUGGCCAGGGGUUCUUCUCUUGACAUCUUAUCCAGCCUGAACUCGACGGCGCUCUUUGGGGACCAGGAUGCUGUGAUGAAAGCCAUCCAGGAGGCCCGCAAGAUCCGAGAGCAGAUCCAGCGGGAGCAGCUGCAGCACUCUGCGCACAGCGUGGACGGCAAGCUGGGGGGUCUCGGCAUGAGCCUCAACAACGGCAGGGGCGACAAGGAGAGAGCACACUUCGAGGGCUUGGGCUCCCACUUGGGGAAGCUGGGCGAAGAUGGGAAGCUGAGUCACAGGGUCAUCGACCUCACCAGGCCUGAAGACCUCGACGGGGGCACCAGCACAGUCGAGGCGCGUGUCUUCAGGGAAACGCGAGGAAGGAACAGUAACGAACCCCACAUCAAGCGGCCAAUGAAUGCCUUCAUGGUCUGGGCAAAGGACGAGCGACGGAAGAUCCUCCAAGCCUUCCCAGACAUGCACAACUCCAACAUCAGCAAAAUCCUUGGCUCCCGUUGGAAGGCCAUGAGCAACCAGGAGAAGCAACCCUACUAUGAGGAGCAGGCGCGGCUCAGCAAGAUCCACUUGGAGAAGUACCCCAACUACAAGUACAAGCCCCGCCCCAAGCGUACCUGCAUCAUCGACGGCAAGAAGCUGCGCAUCGGCGAGUACAAACAGAUGAUGCGCUCGCGGAGGCAGGAGAUGAGGCAGUUCUUCACUGUGGGGCAGGGACCCCAGAUCCCCAUCAGCUCCAGUGGAGGCCUGGUGUACCCCAACCCCAUGGGCAUGGCCGGCACCACGCCCUCCCCGCAGAUGACGUCGGACUGCUCGAGCGCGUCGGCCAGCCCCGAACCCACCGUCCCGGUCAUCCAGAGUACCUACGGCAUGAAAGUGGAGCCUAGCGACACGCUGGCCUCUGGGGACACCGUCAACGGCAAUGACGACAUGGACUUGUACGAGGACUUCGAGGAGGAGCCCAAAUCGGACUACAGCAGUGAAAAUGAGACACAGGAGGUGGUCAGCGCCAACUGAGAAGCCAACCCCCCGUUCCACCCCGACGCCCUAUGCCAAUCCAACAGGUGGUCCACGCCAUGCUGGAGAGGACAGAGGGAGACACUCGGAGGACGACAGAGAUCUUUUCUGGACGUAUUCUUCAGGAGCUUGCAUGCCUGUGUGGCUCCCACCAAUUCAACAAAUAUUUGUCUUAAAUGUUUCUUAACGUGUG